UCUCUCUCUCUCUCUCUUUCUCUCUCUAGCUCCUUUCUCCAUUCCUCUCUCUCUCGAUUCUGAAUAAAAAGCCAAGAACCCAAAACCCAGAAGCUCAGGAGUAGGGUUUUAGUGUCCGUACAGUUUUGGCGAACAAUCAAUGAUUUAAAAAGCAAGAUAAUGAAUCUGGGUUUUUUCUUUUAUGCGUGAAAGUGAAACGUUAAAUAAAGAAAGGAGGGAGAAACAACUGAAACAAGGACGGUGAGAUGGGUCAAGCAUUUCGUCGAGCGACUGGUAGGAUUCGGUCCGUGGACCAAUCACAUCCCAUAAAACCCAGAAGACCUUUGGGUCCCACCGAUAAGGAGAAGAUCUCCAGAGUUUCCCAGUAUGAUAAUCUUGAUCAUGAAAGAGCUUCUAGAAGCAAUCCUGAGAAUGUACUGGAAGAAAGAGAUCCAAAGUAUGAUGCAAUGCUUAGUCAAAUGGUGGGUAGGAUUUCAGCCAAGCCUGGUGGCAAACUUGAGAUGGGUGAGGCAUUUGUGGCCGAAAAGCCCAAUAGGCCCUUGCCAAAAUUGCGGAAUACAACGCCGGAUUCUGGAAGGUAUGAAGAAAGGCCUGUACCUUCCGGAACCUUGAACGUGAAACAGCUACGCCACAUCAUGCUUCUACAUCAGGGCAAGGCUGAUGAUCACGAUGGCCCGAUGGAUGUUCACCAGAUUGCAGAGAAGUUCAGUCUGGAUGCUGCGCUGGUCCAAAGGAUCUUGCAAUUCAUGUCCCUGCCCCCAGAGGACAGCACUAAACAGAAAAAGUAAUAAUAAAGACAACUGACUUUCAUUUGCUCUUAUGAACUACGAUUUGGAUUUUCUGUGUGGAGAAAAAUUUUUGAGGUCUCUAUCAUCUGACAAAAUGGUUGAUAUUCCUCAGCAUAUAGAGAGAAACAGUAGAGGAUGUGUUUUGCAUUUCACUUUGAUAUGAAUUGUACCCUGUAUGAUGUAAUUUAGGAUGUUUUAUUUUUCCUUUUUUUUUUUUUUGAAUGAAAGGAAUAGGUGUUGUUACAA